AUGUCUGCGUCUACGUCCUCCAGCCCACCCAAGAUUGACUCUUCCAAGCUUGACGAAAUUUGGGAAUAUAACGAGCAUGCAUAUAAUGCUCCUCCUCCUCCUCCACCUCCAAUUUCGCGAGGGCCGUCGACGCAUCUCAUUCAGGUGAGACAUUUGAUGAAACCAAAAGAACACGAACGCGAUGGGCCUACAGACGACCAUCCAUACCAUACUGGACGUCUCUGGCGUGCUCGUUCAUUCGUUUUCGAGUACGCGGGAGAGUUCUUUGGGACGAUGAUGCUGGUUAUGUUUGGGACUGGUGCUAACUGCCAGUACAAUUUGAGCCAUUUGUCUGAGAUUGCUUCGACACCUGCCGGGACUUGGGCAUCAGUCAGCUUGGGAUGGGGAACAGGCAUCGCUUUAGGUAUCUUGCUUUCUGGGGGACAUAUUAAUCCUGCAGUCACCCUCGCGAUGGCCGUAUGGCGUGGUUUUCCAUGGCGAAAAGUUCCCGGUUACUUUUUCUGCCAGCUAAUGGGAGCUUUGUGUGGUGCAUUGAUCGUUUAUGGAAAUUAUAAGACUGCUAUAAGCAUCCAAGAGGGAGGGAACCAUAUUAGAACUUUAUCAACAGCAGGGUAUUUCGGAACUAUCCCACUCGAUUAUAUGACAAACAUAGGCUGUUUCUUUGACGAGUUUAUCGGCACAGCGUUGCUGCUAUUUGGCGUCUUGUCCUUGUUGGAUCCGAGGAAUUCUCUUACGCCAGGAUUGGUGGCUGUAGGUAUCUUCAUUGUUUUUGUGGGCAUUGCAGCAUGUUUCGGCAUGCAGACAGGUGAUUAA